AUAGUACUUGUACGCUUCGAUGUAGUAGUGUUAGGUUUAGUGUGCUGUAAAGUUUUGACCUGAUAAUUCAGAAAUUUCCGAAUUGUUCACAUCAAAGCACAUUUUAAUGGACGAAAAUACAUAGUCUGCGUUAAACACUUGUUGAGGACGGUUUAACUUGGAAUAUCUGAGCGGUCUAUGCCCCACGUUUAAUUUCCAUUUCCUAAAUGGGCGUGCCUUCGUUGAAGGUUGGGCGUCGGCCUGGCAAAUCGACAUCAUAAAAUCCAACUGCUAAUCAUUAGCGGACCGGAGUUCCACUGUGGCGACCCCUAACAGGGAAAAAGCCGAAAGACAAACAGACAUAAGUAUUUGCUUUCUAGUCUUCUCCAAGUAUGCAUAAUUUAUCAUGAUGGCUUACUAUACGAGGAAAUAGCUUGUGCUGUAAUUCAAAUGUGAUGGAUGAAGAAUCACAGCUAAGACACCUACUCCAUUUGACCCACGAAGGAAAUUAUAGCCUUCUGAAAGCAAAACUAGAAAACAAAACACCUGCAUUUAAAGCUUUAGUUAGAAAACAACAUUUUGGGAAAUCUGGUGAUACUUUGCUACAUUAUGCAGCAAGGCACGGGCAUCUGCGCAUCUUAGCAUUUCUUGUUGAGGACGUUGGCAUGGAUAUAGAAUUGUGCAAUGCAGAUUAUAAGCGACCACUCCAUGAAGCUGCCUCCAUGGGUAAAAGGGACUGUCUUUUGUAUCUUAUUUCUUCAGGGGCAAAAGUAGACUGCUUGAAAAAGGCAGACUGGACUCCUCUGAUGAUGGCUUGCACUAAGACAAAUCUGGACGUGAUUAAGGACCUUAUUGAGCAUGGUGCAAACCCAGCCCUCAAAAAUAAAGAUGGUUGGAACAGUUUUCAUAUAGCUUGUCGAGAAGGGGACCCUCAAAUCAUCACAUACAUACUGUCUGCCUCACCAUGCAUAUGGGACACUGAGAGCAAGAUCCACCGAACUCCUCUUCACACAGCAGCGAUGCAUGGUUGCUCUGAAGUUGUAGAUAUUCUUCUUGAGAGGUGUGGCUAUACCCCAGACAGUAGGGACAGCUGUGGGGUUACUCCCUUUACGGAUGCUGUAAGGAAUGGACAUACUGAUAUAGCAAAAUUAUUGAUGAAAAAGCAUAAGGCUAGUUUUGUACAGGUGGAUAACAUGGGAGCACAGCCUUUGCACCAGACAGCAGUAACUGCACAGGAUCUGGCCAUUCAUUUCCUUAUAUGUGAGCUUGGUGCUGAUGUGAAUGCAAAGGCCACUGAUCUCCAGCUAACUCCUCUGCAUUAUGCAGCCAAGGAGGGGCAUGCAGGUACAAUUCAGAUGUUGCUAUCAUUAGGAGCCGAUGUGCAUUCAAAAGAUAAGAAAGGACGAUCAGCAUUACAUAUGGCUUGUGCGGGUCAGCAUGUUGAAUGUGUAAGAGUACUUCUGUCAGCUGGACUACGAGAUUCUGAAGACUGCAGUGGGACACUGGCUGUAGGACUGGCAAAGAAACCAGAAAUAUUAAAGGCAUUAAUGGAUGUUUCAGUUUCUUAAUAAAUGUAGUCUAAUACA